CUCAGAUGAAAAAAAAGGACCAAAUAAAAGAAGAGAACCUAAGAAAAAGAGAAAUCAUUAAAGAAAACAAAGAGCAAGAGAAAUGGAACAACUUGACAUCAUCUUUAAAAAAACAACUCGGGGGAAAUUUUAGCUCUGGAAUAUCACAGUUGGAAAAAUCUAUGAAUUCUUUGCAGACACAUACAGUCAGAUAUCGUGCACAGUUAGAUGCACUAACCAUGUGUUUUGAAAUAUGGAUUGAACACUACAAAACUGUGUCUGAAGAUAAGAGAGAUAUGAAUAUUGCAGUGGAAAUUAUGAAGACUAUACAGUCUAUCAUGGCUAAUUACAAAGAUCGUUUACAAGGGGUAGAUAAACACAGGAUAGCUACUUAUCUUAGCCAACUGGGUUUUCAGAACCUGUCCUGUUCAUUGAAGGAUACUGAGAGGGAACUCCUUGAUGUGGUGGACAAUAAUGAAUCUGCAGUGAUAGUGGCUCCCACCUCUUCCGGAAAAACCUACGCCUCUUACUAUUGCAUGGAGAAGGUGCUAAAACAAAGCAAUGACUCAGUUGUGGUUUAUGUUGCUCCUACCAAGGCUCUUGUAAAUCAGGUUGUAGCCACUGUAAAAAGUAUGUUCGACAAAGAUCUACCAACUGGAAUGGUAUUAUGUGGAGUUUUCACAAGGGAUUAUCGCACUGAUGCAUUAAAUUGUCAGGUGCUGGUGACUGUUCCACAGUGUUUGGAAAUUCUUGUGUUAUCUCCUCAUCGACAGGAUUGGGUGAAAAAAAUCAAAUAUUUAAUAUUUGAUGAGGUACACUGCUUGGGAGGAGAGAUUGGAGCUGAAGUCUGGGAGCACCUACUAGUCAUGAUUCGUUGUCCAUUCUUGGCUUUAUCUGCCACAAUUAGCAACCCAGAGCACCUCACUGAGUGGCUCCAAUCAGUCACAAAAUACUGGCAGCAAAAUGAUGAAAGGGAGACUAGUCUGGUGACAAAUUCAUCUAAAAAAAGAAGACAAAAUAAACGG